GGCGUUAUAGCGCAUCGUUGUGACAGCGCUUUUUCAAGAAGACGAGAAGAGGCAAGAAGUGGAGGAAAGCCGGUCGCUGCACAUCUCCGCUCCCAGACCCUCCCCCUCACCCCGCCCCCUCCAGCUCGCAGCCCCUACUCCUCAGCCUGCUGUCAGAGCGAGCACGCGUGAGGGAUUAUUGGAGUGCUGCUCCGCUCUUCUCGUUUGGCCAGCGCUGUCUCUUUUCAGCACUGAUUUUGCACAUCAUCAUCAUUCCUUUGCCUUUCUGUCUUUCUUUUACUUCUCUGACUCCCAUUGGGAGCGACCCUCUGCCCGCCUGCUCCCCUGAGACCAUGGGGCUCCCCUUGUGCCUCCGCUUGGCUGUCAUCGCCGCUUUCCUGCCAGUAACCCUCCAAGGUCCACACCAGCGCACAUUGCUCAAAGAGCUGCUCAAGGACUACAACAGGAUGGAGAGGCCCGUGGCCAAUGACUCACAACCCCUCACAGUACACUUCUCUCUGAGCUUAAUGCAGAUCAUGGAUGUGGAUGAAAAAAAUCAAGUGCUGACAAGUAAUAUCUGGCUUCAAAUGUACUGGUAUGACCAUUACCUACGUUGGAAUCAGUCUGACUAUCCAGGGGUGAAGAAUUUGCGCUUUACCACAGACCAGGUGUGGACUCCUGAUAUCCUACUCUAUAACAGUGCUGAUGAACGUUUUGAUGCCUCUUUCAAAACAAAUGUACUAGUGAAUUCCAGCGGAUAUUGCCAAUACCUUCCUCCUGGAAUCUUUAUGAGUACCUGCAAUGUGGAUGUCCGCUGGUUCCCUUUUGAUACCCAGAAAUGUGAGUUAAAGUUUGGCUCAUGGACCUAUGAUGGUUGGCUGCUGGACCUGCAGAUGAAUGAUGCAGAUAUUUCAGGAUACUUGCAAAAUGGAGAAUGGGAUCUAAUAGGAGUUCCUGGUAGCCGCAGUGAAAUCUUCUAUGACUGUUGCAAGGAGCCCUAUCCAGACGUAACCUUCUAUAUUACAAUUCGUCGACGCACUCUGUAUUAUGCACUUAACCUGCUGAUACCCUGCGUUCUCCUGUCCUCCAUGACGCUUCUGGUAUUCUUACUACCAGCUGACUCUGGAGAGAAAAUAUCACUGGGCAUCACAGUGCUUCUGUCUCUCACUGUCUUUAUGCUGCUUGUAGCUGAAAUAAUGCCAGCAACCUCUGACUCCAUCCCUCUUAUAGGUCAGUACUUUGCCAGUACGAUGAUCAUAGUGGGCCUCUCUGUUAUAGCAACAGUAGUCGUCCUACAGUAUCAUCAUCAUGAUCCAACUGGGGGCAAGAUGCCCAAGUGGGUCCAGCUCUUCUUGUUCCAUUGGGUUGCCUGGUUUCUCCGAAUGAAACGUCCUGGAGAGACUGGAGACCCUGAACGUCCCCCCUGCAGCUCAAACCUCAGAAGAUGUUCUUCCACCUCUGGCAGUUUGCAUUCUCCUCCAGAGCAAAACCACCAUGUUCACGUGACAUCAUCUCACCUGCAGACCCCGUCAACCUUGACCAUGGGUGGUAUCCAUACAUCCUCUCUCAAUAACAAUGGCAACCUCCUCUACAUAGGCUUUCAAAACCUGGAUGAUCCCUCUCAGCUCCAGGAUUCCCACCAGCUCCCCGGACAGCACUCACGUACCCCAUCAGUGCAUCAACACCAGCCAUCUCUGAUCACUCGCAAGGGCAGCCCACCACCUCACCACUUUCAGGGCGGGGAGAUGACGAGCUUUGGGAGCCCUCCAUCCCACAAUGCCUUGGGCUCAUUGGGAGGCACCAAUGGCUUACCUGGUUUGAGUGUUUUAGCCAGUGUGGAGGGUGGCACCUGUAGCAGUGGACUUGGUAUCGGGACAGCAGGGAUUGGCAGCAUUGGGGAUCCCCAGUUAAACUCCAUCUUAGAGGAAGUACGUUUUAUUGCUGAUCGAUUCAGAGAACAAGAUGCAGGGGAGACAAUCACUGAACAGUGGAAGUUUGCAGCAGCUGUGAUCGACCGGCUCUGUUUGGUAGCUUUUAGUAUCUUCAACAUCAUCUGCACAAUCUCCAUCCUCAUGUCGGCGCCCAACUUCGUAGAGGCCGUUUCCAAGGACUUCAUCUGAGGGGAUUGCUUCAAAUUGGCCUUAACCUCAAAGCCUUUGCUUACUGAUAUGCUACUUUAUUCAGAGAGCAGAUGCUUUCUGAAGGCAUUCAAAGGCCAGGACUCAUUAGCCAGACUCUGAGCUCAUUUCAGUUUCCAUGUGUAGUGUGGCUACCCAUCUACUACUAUGGAGCAAGGAUGCAGACUUUUAAUUCUCUUUCUUUAAUUUCACAACAUAUGCCAUUUGCUAGGUGUUACAUAAUACUGUAUAUUUUGAGGGGUGUUUGAUACAGUAUAAGCAUGAUAAUAGGCCACAUGAUAUCAAGCAGAAAAUACAAACCUCCAAUUCUUGAUGGUGUUGUCCCUUUGGAUUGGAAUAUGAAUGUGAGUGUUUUUGGUGAUAAUGUUCAUUUCAAACAAGUCAGCAGCAGUGCCUGUAAAGUGUAUUACCAGCCUUCCCUAGUAACUUUAUUUUGUUAAAUUAAGAAUCUUACUGUAUUUGUUUAUUUUUUACCAUUGAUUCACAUACAGUUAAUUUUUUAUUCAUUAAUUAACUUUAAACAUCCCCUUUCUACUUCAGGAUCAAGGAGGAUUGGAGCCUAUCUUGGCAGCAUUAAACAAAAGGCAGGAACCCACUACAGUUGGUAUGCUUGUCCUUCUUAGGGCGUGCUGAUGUACACCAAUCCUCUCACACUUACCAGACAAGUGCAGAGUCACCAGUCAACUUCAGCUGCAUGUCUUUGAGAUUUGUAAUUAUCACAAAUCUGAUUACACGUAGACAUUACAGAGAAUGUUAUGUUAACUGUUAGCCAAAAGAAUCCAAAAUUUGAAACAGGCCAAGAGGAUGUAUUGUUUUUUACAGACACCACAGGGCAGCUUGCGUAAUAGAUAAUCACCAGUCCAAGAAUUAUUUGAUAAUUUUUUAUAUCACAAAUGUGUAGGACUGGAUGUCUUGGCUCAGUAUGCAAGGACAGCCUGAAAAUACAAGUAAUUCAUUCCAGCAUAGUUCAUCAAUUCCUACUCACCAAGUGUUUCUCAGAUGAUCUCAAGUGAGCGCCAUCAGGUUUCAAGUGUGCACCCCGACAACCAGCUUCUUCAUUGCACUUCUUCUUUCCUCAUUUCUAUUUGAAGCAUCUGGCUGGUCGAGUUACCACAUCAAGCUGUUAGUCUGCAGAGCACCUUUGAGAUUACAUAUGGCACAUGGAAAGUGGGGUAUGUAUCUGAUAUAACCCACAUGCUAUCUGAUUUUUUAAAAGAAUGAUAGUUCUGUUUUCUUUUCAAUCAACAAUCUAGGGUUGAUAUUUGGGUCUAGGCAGACACUUUAAAAGCAUCAUUGAUACACUAUCAAAGGUGCUUAUUCUUCUGUUUGUAAAAAAUGUAUUCUUAUUGAUUAAAUGUUACCCCAAGUAAGCAUGCACUUGACUGGGAAUGCACAACUUUUCAAAAUUUUUGGCAGUGACUGACAUGUCUAAAAGGAGGGUUUUCAGCUCAUUAAUACGGAAGAGAAAUCUUAAAAAUCAAGAUUAAGAGGCAUAUCUGUGAGACAGUCAAAGGGAAGUGGCUCGUUCAAUGAAGGGAUGUGAUGUUAUAAUAGCUGUAAGAUAAGUAACAAAAGAACAUGGUCUUAAGAUUAUUAUAAAGAGAUAUAGGUGUAAGAGAACUAAUGUAGGAAUAAAGAAUGGUUAUUAUAAUUAUCAAAACACAAAGCUGUAAGAUCAGUGGCGUAGCGAGCUUGCUGAAGGCCCCUAUGCAGCGCCCUGAGGUGGGCCCCUCCUGUCUAGCAUAACUGUUAGUAAUUUAUUUGCAGUUAGAUCCUAAAGAGGCCG